AUGUGGGGAAAAGCGGGACAGACUUCUACAAGGGAUAGGUUCCACUAUCGAGUUCCGCCAUUUCGCGUUCCGUUAGGCGUUCAUAGUUCCGUAGUCGGGAAUUGUAGACGAAGACCUUGUGGUCCGGCGAAUUUAAUUUGUAGCCAAGUCGUUGCAAAUUCGUUUUCACUAAUUUGA